UCACUAGACUGCGGGGCAGCGGGUGAUGUAACGGGCAUCUAAAGGGAAGGGCCACGCUGGAAGGCGGGGGGUUUCAUUGGUACUUGUCCUAAGCAUUGGUCAGCCUGUUAAAAACAGGACCGACGACAACUGGCUAGAUAGUAUUGUUGGCACGGCAGUUGGGGUUAGCAGCUUUUUGCUGCAGACUUUGCAAACUUCAGAGUGCAGACGUCUUGUAUGCAUUAGGAUCUCAGUUUUUGUACUUGUUUUUCUCGCCCGGUAAUUAGCUUCUCCAUCUUUUGUUUUGAGAGUUUCUGCAAACUUCUGUACUGCUUAUAACUAUCUGCUUUUGUGCUGUGUCCAGUGGUGGGGACAGAAGAGUUGAACAUAUGGAGUCUAAAAGAACCGAGCCUGUAAAGGAGGAAACAGCUAGCACCUCGGAUGGCAGCAUCCCCAUGGCAGACGUGGUCGCUGGGGCUAUGACCUUCCUUAAAACGAUAGCCUUCCUGAUACCCGUCUACUUGGCUGGAUAUUUUGGACUGAGCCUGGCCUGGGUGUUACUGGGGCUCGGCCUCUACCUGGGCUGGAGAUCGACUCGACAAAACAAGGAGCAGAGCCUAGAGAGCGCUUCUUAUGUGCUGCACAACGAGCGGGAUGCUGUCACCGCCAAGAGUAUGUUCCUCACCAAGAGGGACCUCCCGGCUUGGAUCAGUUUUCCAGAUGUGGAGAAAGUCGAAUGGCUAAACAAGAUACUGAAGCAAGCAUGGCCUUUCAUUGGUCAGUACCUUGAAAAGCUGCUGGUUGAAAGCAUUGCACCUUCCAUUCGACAGUCGAAUACCCACCUGCAGACAUUUGCCUUCACAAAAGUUAAGCUGGGAGAAAAGCCGCUAAAGGUGAUUGGAGUAAAGGCCCACACAGAACUGGACAAACGACAGAUCUUGCUUGACCUACACCUUAGUUAUGUUGGUGAUAUAGAAAUCGAUGUAGAAGUGAGACGGUAUUUCUGUAAGGCAGGGGUGAAAGGUGUUCAGCUGCACGGCAUGCUGCGGGUGAUCCUGGAGCCACUUAUUGGGAAUGUGCCUAUUGUUGGAGCAAUCACUCUUUUUUUCAUUCGCAGACCAAAGCUGACUAUAAACUGGACAGGCCUUACAAACUUGCUGGACAUUCCUGGACUUAACUCAAUGUCAGACACUAUGAUUCUCGAAACCAUCUCCUCCUUCCUGGUGCUUCCUAACAGACUGACUGUUCCUCUGGUGCAAGACCUGCAUGUGGCACAGCUCCGUUCACCUUUGCCACGGGGUGUAGUAAGAGUUCAUCUUAUUGAAGCCCAGAACCUGAUGUCAACUGACACAAUACUGCAGGGCAAGUCAGACCCAUAUGUCAUCCUAAGAGUUGGUACACGUAUGCACACCAGCAGGGUAAUCGAUGACACCCUGAACCCAAAGUGGAAUGAGAUGUUCGAGUUUGUGGUCCAUGAGGUCCCUGGACAAGAGCUGGAGAUUGAAGUGUUUGACAAGGACCCAGACAAGGAUGAUUUCCUUGGCAGGACCAAACUGGACUUAGGAGAUGUAAUGACAACACGAGUUUUGGAUAAGUGGUUCACAUUGAAUGAUGUAGAGAAGGGAAAAAUUCACCUGCGGAUGGAGUGGCUUUCUCUGAUUACGGAGGCAUCAAAACUGGAUGAGGUUCUCCAAACCAACAUGGCGAUCGCUUCCCAGAAGAAUGAAGAACCGUCGGCUGCCAUAUUGGCUGUCUAUCUUGACAAAGCACAGGAGCUUCCUUUGAAGAAGGGUGGUAAAGAACCAAAUCCCAUGGUUCAGAUAUCUGUUAAGGAUGUCACUCGAGAAAGUAAGACCUGCUUUAACACCAAUGCACCUGUCUGGGAAGAUGCCUUUAUGUUUUUUGUUCACAGUCCAAAGGAACAGGAUGUUGAUAUUCAGGUAAAAGAUGAUGACCGCCAGCUAACUCUAGGAUCACUGACUCUUCCUUUGUCCCGUUUGCUGGAGAGUAAGGAACUCACUCUUGACCAGUGGUUCAAGCUGGAUCACUCAAGCCCAGGCAGCCAAAUUUAUCUGAAGGUUAUCUUGAGGAUCUUGUAUUUAGAUGCUGCUGCCGGUGUGUCUCCGUGUCCUCCAGCUGACCCUACAUCUCCGAAUGAGCCAGUGAAACGAGCUGAGGAUGGUAAAAAGGCUGAUCAGAUCGGAGACUCAGUAGAUCCAGUAGAGAAGAAGGCCGAGCCCUGUAAACCAUUACACAGUAGUUCAGAUUGUCACUUCGGGAAAGAGAGUGUUGUUCGGAUUCAUUUAGUCGAAGCAGAGGACUUGAUUGCUAAAGACAAAGUUUUUGGGAUAAAAGGCAAAUCUGAUCCAUAUGCAGUUGUACGUUUGGCUGGAAAAUCCUUUCGCAGUAAGACCAUAGAUAACAACCUGAAUCCAAAAUGGUUUGAGGUUUACGAGGUCAUUGUAAAUGAAGUUCCGGGUCAGCAGGUGGACAUUGAUGUUUACGAUAAAGAUGUGGAUAAAGAUGAUUUCCUUGGAAGGACUAAAAUAAAUCUGUCUGACAUUAUGGCAAAGAAAUACAUCGAUGAGUGGUUUGCCCUUGCAGAUGUUAAAUCUGGGAAGUUGCACCUGAGACUGGAGUGGCUGCCACCAAAGGCCGAUCCUUUAGAAAUUGAAAAGGUUAUGUUGAUAAAUAAUGCCACCCCAAAAGAAAACAAGAUUGAUCUAUCGUGCGCCAUCUUGGCUGUAUAUGUGGAUCGAGCACAGCAGCUCCCACUGAAGAAAGGCAACAAAGCACCCAAUCCUGUUGCAGAGCUUUAUCUGGGAGGAGUACCUUACAAGACAAAGACCUGUACUAAGACAGACACUCCAGUUUGGGAAGAGGCCUUUUCUUUCCUUGUCAAGGACCCAUAUGUUCAAGUUCUGGACAUACAGGUCAAAGAUGAUGGCAAAGAAAAACUGGGAUCACUUAGUCUUCCUCUAUCCCAUCUGCUCCAGGCUGACUUGCUGACCGUUGAUCACUGGUUCCCACUUGCAAAUUCUGGUACAGAUAGUGAAAUCCUGCUUAGGGUUCAGCUAGGAGUUUUGGUUCCCCAUCAGUUAUCUGGUAGAACAGUAUCUACAAGCAGCGCUGUGCUUUCUGAGAGUGAUGUGACAGCUGGAACUCCCACAUUCCCAGAUUCUGAGGUCUUCUCACAUAUUUCUGAAACAGUAGAGAAUGUGCAUUCCAUACCAGUUCCAGCCAGUCCCCCCUCUGCUUCUUCUCGUGAUUUGAGACAGCGUCUCUCAACCACAGACAGUAAGUCUGAGUUGCUCGACUCUCCAUUUGGUCAGAUACGGUUGACAAUUUACUAUAAUUCUGAAGUCGGAAAGCUAUUUGUCGUUGUGCAUGCCUGCAGGAAGCUGAAAUCAAAAGAUACCUGUGAUCCCUACAUUUCUCUCAUUCUGCUUCCGGACAAGAAUCGAGUCACUAAGAGGAAAACUGCUGUGAAGAAAAAAACACUGAAUCCAGAGUACAAUGAAAAGUUUGAGUUUGAGAUGCUACAAGAGGAAGCACAAAAGAGAAAACUGGAUGUUUCUGUGAAGCAUACUGUGCCUUUUAUGUCUCUUGAGAAGGAGAUGAUCGGAAAGGUUCAGGUUGAUCUGUCUAUCAUUGACCUCUCCCAAGGAGUCACACUGUGGUAUGACCUAAAGGAAGACAAGGCUAGCUCCUAGUUGCCUUUCACAUAAUUCAUCUUAUCUGAGUUUAUUGCCUAAAUUAUUAUGAGACAUUUAAGUCAAAAAGUAUUAUGCAAGACUUGUUUUACAUUUUUUUUACUUAUUUUUAAGUAUUAUUUUUUACUUAACUUUUCUACCAUGUUCAGUAUUUUUAAAUGUUAAUUGGUAUAGCAGUCAUUGCAGAAAUGAUAAGUAUCUAUGUAUUUUAUUGUCGCAAAUUAUUUGAUGCAAUUAUAAAUGAAGGAUAAAACCAAAGAAGAAAGUAAACAUUCCCUUUAAGACAAAGUAUGUUGAACAUUCUUACGUUUCUGCCUUGGCUAUAAGGCUGUCCCACUUUCUGUAUAUCUUUUGCAUGACCUAAGCAAAGCAGAUUCCAUGGUGGCCGCUAUGUCACAUGUUUUUUUGGCAGGUUUGAGGAAUAUUGCUUAUGUAUUCACAUCAGUCCCAAUUAGCAGGAUGUUCAAAAGAAACUAGUAACACAGUGAAUGAGAUGUUGUCACAGAUAUGGAGUUAUGGUACAGUCUCACCAAGCUUGUAUGGUAAUUUUCAAAGCAAGAAUUAAACUGUGGGAAUUUUUACAUACAGCUGUAAUCCAAAAUAAUUAUGUUAUUGUGCUUUUUUAGAGUAUGGUAGUUAGUUCCAUGUGCUUUUGUGGGGUAAUAUAAUACACAAAUGGAAAAUGUUGCAAUACUGUUAUCUUGUCAAUAACACAGUAAGUUCUUGCAUAAAGCAAUAAGUAUGACCGUUCCCAGUAUGACUGGACACUAUCUCUCCCCAAGUUGCUGCAUUUGUAUUAAGAGUAUGUAAGAAACAUCUUACAAAGCCAAAGACAAUCUGUGAGUGUCAGGUACAUGACUGAUGUUUGAACCAAAACUCGUGCACCAAGGCUGGAGGAAAAACUCUUGAAACUUGUGCUUUCCAAAUAUCUUGUAGUGUAGUCAUAUUAGAAAGAGUAUAUGUAGUAGGUUUGCCAGGAAUAUUUGAUUCACAGGAUUGUGAUUGUGGUUUGUUGUUAAGAUGCUUCAAGCAAAAAAAUACACAAAGUGGACUAAGGAGUGUGCUAAUUUAUAGCACAUGCUUUAACAAAGGAAUGUAUAGUAUUUACAAGUUGAGUUGGAAGUGUUAAAAUGAAUGAAAACAUGUUUGUUUCAACUUCCCCUGUUCUCACAACCUCAAUUCAAAGGUUUUACAGCUUUGAAGAAAUGCUCAGUUUUCUAGCAAAAUUGAUAUUUCCUUCCAUAAAGGUUAUAUAGGAACAUAGAGGUGGAAUACAUGUGAAUAGGUGGGGGUGGUGUACCAGGUGCCUGUCCUACAAAAUGUCUUGAAAACUGUUUUGUUUUCAGGCACUUUUAAAGUGUACAAGACUGUAAUUGUACAAAUAGCUUGUUUUUUAGUUUAAAAUGUCUGCCCUUCUAUUAGUAUGAAGGAUUCCUGUAUGAUAACUCUAAAACAACCAGAACAUAGACCAUUAAUGCACAAGGCAAAGAGUCAGUGGAGUCACUUAGAAGUCCUGAACAGGUUUUGGGAUUCAGCAGAUGUCAGUCUUUUCUGCUCAUUUGUUUUAGUCUUUGGGAUUCUGCGACUCAAGACUUCAGUCAUGUACUUGUACAUCACAUGAAUGUAGGUGUGCUCCAUAUUCUAUGUUGUAGGAUGAGACUCAUUAAUCAGUUUGAGUCCAGUUCCACAACAGGUAUUGCCAUGAGUAGACUUACCUACACACAUAUGUUGCACUAAUGCUGAGCCAGUGUCUGAUCGGUACAUGGAUAGGCACAGCAAUGGAAGUCUUUUCUUGUAUUUCUCUUUUACCUGCAAGAGAAACAAAAUACUGUUACUAUCAGUUUUAACAUAUCACUAUAAUUAAGAAUGUAAUAUUUGUUUUUAUUUAUUGAUGUAUCUAGAAAUGCAUUCCAUUCCAUUAUUCAUUAGCACUGCAUUCAAACUACAAAUGCUUUUCACCACUGCCUGGUACAGCUAGGACGGAUUACAGUUACAUCUGGGAGGAAGCAAAAUAGUUCUUUCAUAGAUUUAAGCAAAGCUUGCUUUAAGUUAAUGUCACCCUUCCAAGUUUGUGCCUUUUCUCUGUAGGAUUAAUGUGCAGUUAAAGUUGCAGACGUGAGUAAAAAUCAUGUAAAUUCUUUUCAUAAUAAUGUUGUAACCUUACUGUCUGUAAAAGCAAACGAAUUUUCAGAUAUCUCAAUAAAGUUCUGUACUGCUGGAAGAAUCCA